AUGCAUGAACUUCUCUAGAAUGUGGAUAACUAUAUUUAACUAGGUUUUGCUAGUCUUUCAAUCUUAUUCUUUUACAUUGUUUAUUAGACAGAUGUAAUUUGGAAUAAUAAUAGUUAGACAUUUAUGAUAUAAAAUGAGGAGAAUUGGGAUUACCUACGAUAACAAUAUGCACAAUUAUAUGAACCUUAGGAAUUAGAUAAAUUUCAUUUCCCAAAUGAGAUGGCUAGUUUUUGUUAUAAAAUUUAAGAAAAAAUAACCUCAAUCUAAUGGGAAUACAUAUAUUUUAUUUGUUUAUCAGCAUUAGUUUUGACUCUAUAUUCAGUAUAGAUUAUAUACUUAUACUAGUUUUUUUUUCUAGAAAGCGGAUUUUUAUAUUUUGGAAUGAACAUCGUUUUCGGAGGUCUUACAAUGUUUUACCUUUGUUAUUUUAUAAAUAACGUAUAUUUGGGAACUGUUGUAAAAGUUCCAUUACGAGUAAUUUGUAUAUCAAUCAGACUGAUCCUCUGCGUUGGGCCUAUGGUAAUGGAUUCUUCUUGAGUUUAUUUUGUCUGGGAAUGCUAAUAAUUUCAACCCAUUUAGUGAAUCAAAUAAAUAAGUUCGUUUUCAAUAAACCAAUUGGAAUGGCUUUUGUAUUGGGAGGUAUAAUUUAUAUAAUAAAAAUAAGGUUCUUUAUCCUUAUAUUUUAGAAGAGAAUAGUAAUCAAUUCUAGGUAGAAGUAUAUCAAUAGGAACAGAUCUACAUGUAAAAGAUAAUUUAGGUUCUGAAGGUGUAAUGGAUGUCAUUGGAUACUCAGAGAAAUUAGCAUCUAUUAUGGGUCAUAUUUUAAGUGAUAACCAUUUAUUAGAUUUGAUAGUUGUUUUGCUAUUAUAUUUCACAUUGCCUAGAGUAUAUAUUAAUUAUUAAUAGAUUUUUUAAAUUGGAGCUAUGAACACAAAUGUUUACUCAAUUGUAAUGCUAAUUAAUUACUUUGCUUAAUUCAUAAUAUCUUUUUUUAUUUCCUCUUUUUAAUCAGAAGAUAUAGCCAAAAAUGUAUUAUAAAAUAUUAGAACUUAAAUUAUUGCAGCUAGUCUCUUUAGCAUUAUAUCAUUGGUUUUAUUAUACAUCUAUAAUUCUACUUAUAUGAGUAUUGCUAGUUUUGGACUUAUAACAAGUAUGUUGCUUAUUAUCUAUUUGGAAUAUGUGACUAAUCAUUCAUUUCCAUAAGUUAGAAAUAUUGCAUCUGCAGCUCUUAAUGCUCCUAUGUUAAAUGUUAUGAAUGGUAAUUUCUUAGGAGAUAUGGGUUAAUUAUUCUUUGUUGGUCUUAUUGGAUUAUUUAUUUUUAUAUCUAAAGAAAUUGGAGGAAAUGAAGGACUCUAUGCUUUUCUUACUGGAUUAAUUAUGAAUGCUAUAGUUAUGACUUCCAUUUAAUUUAGUGGAAAUUCAAUAAAUAUUGGUUUACGAUUUGCUUAAAUUGCACAAGUAGAUUCAUUACCUUUAGAAAAAGUAUUAUCAUUUUAAUUAUAAUUAGAUUAACUUAGCAGCAUGUAAUUAUGCUUUAUAUCUAAAAACAAUUACUAUUAUUUGUUUAUUUUUGAUUACUAUAAUAUUUUUUCCUAUACAAGAAAUUCAAUAUUUUGGUGUGUUUUUAGGAAUCAUUCUCGCAUAUUUUUUUAAAGGGAUAUUUCUAAAGUUUUUAGAAACUUAGAUUAUUAGAUAACUUAGAGGAUUUUAUGAGGGUACUUUUCUAGAAAACCAAGUUUAUAAUUUAUGGGAAUUAACUGGUUUAAUUGGGCUAGUAAUUUAAAUAAAUAUUAUAUUAGUAAUUUAUUAUUUUGAAUUUUUUUAAAUACUUUGCUACAAAGUUUGGAAUGUAUUCAUAUGUUUACAGUUACACAUAAAUUGUUUUGAUUUUAAGUGCUAGAGCUAUUAUUACUGGAAGUAGUUUAAAGAAUGUUAGAGUUCUUGAAGGAACUUUAAAAGAAAAUAAGAUAAUAUAUUUAUCGCAUAUGUAUGCAGAUAUUCAAGGUAUUUCCAUGGAAGAAUCACCUGCUUUACCAUAAAUAGGAUUUUUAGGGAUUUCUAUAGUAUUAGGUUUAACAAUUUGA